GGGCUCCACAGGAAUUCGCGGAUGACUGUGGCGGUCCCCAAGUUUGGGAUCGUGAGAGCCCCUGCUGCGCGGACUAAGAGGCUUGUGCCUGGCAUCAGGAGCCUGGGCGACCACCAGCCGUGCGCCACGUCCCGGAGCCAUGCAUUGCGAGGUGGCAGAGGCACUUUCGGACAAGAGGCCCAAGGAGGCCCCCGGUGUGCCCGGCCCAGGCCGCGGGCCCGCUGCCCUCGGCGCGCACAUGGCCUUCAGGGUCACGAUGAGUAGUGGUGGCUGCGGUGAUGGAGGCCCGCGGGACCUGUUACCUCGGCCGCCUGUGCCACCCCAGCGCACCCACGACCUCCUCAGGCCCCGGAGUCCCCGAGACUACAGCUCGUCCAAGGCCACCGCAGCUGGGAAGGUGAAUGGGAGCUAUGGUCACUGCACCCCCGGCUCGGAGAAGGGUCUGCUGGAUCUGGAUCUUGCUGAGGGCCCCAGCCCCACCUGCCACCAGGGCCUGUUUCUCCCUGCAGGAACCCCGCCACCCCGGGGCCACCCCCCAGCCUGUGAGAGGCUGCUGCAUUUCCCCCACCCUAACAGGUCGCCCAGGCCCCAGGCCACAUAUGUGAAUGGCGGCCUCCCAGCCACACAACACAUCAAGCAGGAAUCCCUGCCCGAUUACCAGGCCAUGGUCGAAGCCCGCACAACCCUGUUGACUCACUGCCGGGCCCCGCCAGCCACCGGCCUGCACACAGAUUUGGACCUCCCCAGCCGAGGCCUCGCCAACCCUGCACCUUCCUGCUACCUUCUGGGCAGUGAGCCCAGCUCUGGCCUGGGCCUCCAGCCCGAGGCCCACCUUCCCGAGGGCAGCCUGAAGCGCUGCUGCCUCUUGGGCCUGCCCCCCACCUCCUCAGCCUCCUCCUCUCCCUGCACCUCUUCUGACGUCACUCCCAUCAUCCGCUCCUCCCAGACAGCUCUAGUCACCUGUGUAAAUGGACUCCGGAGCCCACCUCUGUCAGGAGACCUGGGGGGCCCUCCCAAGCGGGCCCGGCCGGGCCCUGUGUCCUCUGAGAACAAUGAGGGCACCUUGCAACUUGAAGCCUGCCGGAAGACGGGCUUUCUGAAGCAGGAGCCUGCGGAUGAGUUCUCAGAACUCUUUGGGCCUCACCAGCAGGGCCUGCCGCCCCCCUACCCUUUGCCUCAGUUGCCAGCUGGCCCUGGCCUGGCAGGGCUGGGGCUGGGCCUGGCCAGCAGGAUGGUGGCUGGGCGGCAGGCGUGCCGCUGGGUGGACUGCUGUGCAGCCUAUGAGCAGCAGGAGGAGCUGGUGCGGCAUAUUGAGAAGAGCCACAUAGACCAGCGCAAGGGUGAAGACUUCACCUGCUUCUGGGCUGGCUGCGUGCGCCGCUACAAGCCCUUCAACGCCCGCUACAAGCUGCUCAUCCACAUGAGGGUGCACUCUGGUGAGAAGCCCAACAAGUGCAUGUUUGAAGGCUGCAGCAAAGCCUUCUCACGCCUGGAGAACCUCAAGAUCCACCUGAGGAGCCACACAGGCGAGAAGCCGUACCUGUGCCAGCACCCAGGCUGUCAGAAGGCGUUCAGCAACUCCAGCGACCGCGCCAAGCACCAGCGCACCCACCUUGACACGAAGCCAUAUGCCUGUCAGAUCCCUGGCUGCUCCAAGCGCUACACGGACCCCAGCUCCCUCCGCAAGCACGUGAAGGCCCACUCAGCCAAAGAGCAGCAGGUGCGGAAGAAGCUGCACGCAGGCCCUGAUGCAGAGGCCGACGUCCUGAGUGAGUGUCUGGCCCUGCAGCAGCUUCACGCAUCCACACAGCUGGCUGCCAGUGACGGGAAGGGCCGUCGAGCCCUGGGCCAGGAGCUGCUCCCAGGUGUGUAUCCUGGCUCUGUUGCCCCUCAUAAUGGGCUUGUUCCAGGCAUCCUGCCCCCGACGCAUGAUGUCCCUUCCAGGCACCACCCACUGGACGUCACCCCCAGUUCCCACCACCACCUGUCCCCUCUGCCCACGGCAGACAGCACCAGGGACGGGUUGGGGCCCGGCCUCCUCUCGCCCAUGGUCAGCCCCCUGAAGGGGCUCGGGCCACCCCCACUGCCACCAUCCUCCCAGAGCCAGUCCCCGGGUGGCCAGGCCUUCUCCACGCUCCCCAGCAAGCCGUCCUACCCACCCUUCCAGAGCCCUCCACCCCCGGCCCUGCCCAGCCCACAAGGCUACCAGGGCAGUUUCCACUCCAUCCAGAAUUGCUUCCCCUAUGGCGACUGCUACCAGACCACAGAGCCCGCAGCCAGUGGGGAUGGACUGGCCAGGGAGGCCCACAGUUUUAACCCCCUGCGGCCCAACGGCUACUCCAGCCUCAGUGCACCUUUACCUGCCUCAGCACAACACUGGGGGACGGACCACCCCACGCCAGCCGGGCCUGGGCUCCCUGGGACUGCGAGGCUAGGACUCCUCCCAGGCCCCUCCCCAGCCACCAGCUGCCCCACCUGGACAGGCUGCACGAGGAGACCUGCGAGGAGGCUUGCUGAACAGCUGCCGUCCUCCAGCUCUGACCCCUCCUGCCUGCCCACAGGCUAUGAGGCCCUGGCCGAGGCCCCAUGCCCCACGGCGCUGCCACUGCAGCCAUCGGAAGAGGUGGUGUCCAGCGGCCCCGAGGACUGCGGCUUCUUCCCUAAUGGGGCCUUCGACCACUGCCUGAGUCACAUCCCUUCCAUCUACACGGACACCUGAGGAAGGCCCCGUCCGCCGCUCCGCAGAUGCUGCUUCUUCCACCUGCCGUGGUCUGCCACCCUCCCUGCCCCGGGCCAGAGCAGCCAGGCGCCCACGCAGGUGCUGGGUGCUGCGGUGGCCCACCCAGUGCCACCCCUAGGGGUGCUGUCUGGGCUCAGAGGUGCCCACCAGGGACCAUGGCCCUGUGACGGUCCCUUGAUUGUGUCUUCCUGUUUCUCUCCCCUACAGUUUUGAAAUCACAGACCUCGUGUAUAUAAAUGUACAGAACUUCUUUUCCA